UAUCGUGUGGAGUUAUUUUUGCAUUUUAAAGUGAGAUGAAAUGAAUUUUCUACGUUGCACAAAUCAUCAGGGGGUCCUUAGGCGCUUCUACUACGGACAAACAUGUGUAGAAAAAUACGAUUUACUUGUCAUUGGUGGUGGAAUUGUGGGAGCAGCAUCUGCUCGUGAAAUCCUCCAACGGCGUCCAAAUCUCAAAGUGGGCUUGGUGGAGAAAGAAGAGCGUGUUGCACAGCAUCAAAGUGGCCACAAUAGUGGUGUAAUCCAUGCUGGGAUCUACUACAAACCCGGAACACUCAAAGCACGCCUCUGUGUUGAAGGUCUCAAAAUGUCCUAUGAUUACUUUGAUAGACGAAAUAUUCCCUACAAGAAAUGCGGGAAGUUAAUUGUUGCCACAGAUGAGAGUCAAUUGAAGAGUUUAGAUGAUUUGUAUGCACGUGGAAUGGCAAAUGGAGUGCCAGACUUGCAAAUGGUGGAUGGGGAUAAAAUUGCUGAAAUUGAACCUUAUUGCCAGGGUGUUAGGGCCAUUUGGUCCCCACAUACGGGUAUUGUUGACUGGCAGUAUGUUACGGAAUGCUACGUUGAGGAUUUCGUGGGAUUCGGUGGGAUGGUUUUUACCAAUUUUAACGUUGUUAAAAUUGAAGAGUCCCCAGAUGACCCUGAAUACCCUAUAAAUGUUCAUAGUAAGUCCAUUAAGAGAAUUCGAACAAAGUAUGUCCUGACAUGCGGUGGCCUUCAUUCGGAUAAGUUAGCAGAGAUGACGGGUGGUUCGAGAUCCCCGAGAAUUGUACCUUUUCGCGGGGAAUACCUUCUUCUGCGCCCUGAAAAGUGCAAUUUGGUACGUGGAAAUAUCUAUCCUGUACCCGAUCCUCGUCUUCCCUUCCUCGGUGUUCACUUUACCCCACGUAUGGAUGGGAGUGUGUGGCUGGGACCGAAUGCAGUGUUGGCAUUUAAACGGGAAGGCUACACAUGGGGCGAUGUGAAUCCCCUUGAUCUCCUCGAUGCUCUCAUGUAUCCGGGAUUUCGCAAAUUGGCCACCAAGUACAUGAGCAGUGGCGUGCAAGAGAUGAUGAGAUCAAUAUUCAUUGGAAUGCAAGUGCGUGAGCUGCAGAAGUUCAUCCCAGAAGUUACGGAAUUCGACAUUGAGCGUGGUCCUGCGGGUGUUAGGGCACAAGCUCUCGAUCCCGAUGGGAAUCUUGUGGAUGAUUUUGUCUUUGAACGUGGGAGCGGCAAGAGUGCCGUUGCACAGAGAGUACUUCACUGCCGGAAUGCCCCAUCACCCGGGGCAACGAGUUCUCUGGCAAUUGGAAAAGUUAUUGCGGAUAAACUUGCUGAAGAGUUUAAAUUGUAGUAAAAAUAUUUACAGAAUUAUUUGCAUUUACCAAGUUGGAACAAAUUCUUAGUUUUUUUUGUAAAAUGGUAAAUUGUGGUAAUUUGGUUAAUUUUGUGAUAAGUAUAAAUAAAAUUUUAUUUGAAU